CAAAACGACAGAUAAUAGCUCGGAAAAAUAACCGAGCCAGGAUGAUGGAACAUUAUAAGCAAACUAUCUUGCUGGCUCCAGUACUGAGCAACAGUAGCUGCUGGCGGCCUGGUUCCUCGGAGAUGUCCUGGACCGGGCCUGGACCAGGGGAGUUGCUACGCGCGGCCUUGAUUCUUCUUCUCAGCCUUGGCAUCCUUUUCGCUAAUCUUCUUGUUAUUUGUGUCAUCAAUAGUCGUCGUUACACUAAAUACAUCCAUGCUCAGCCAAGAUAUCUCCUAACUAGUUUAGCGAGUAACGACCUUGCUAUCGGACUUCUGGUGACUCCUUUCGGCUUCCUUCCGGCAGUUUAUGGUUGCUGGCCGUACGGUGAGGUCGUCUGUCAAAUUCAGGCACUACUCAGAGGGGCUCUUACUCAACAAAGUGCUGUAAUUCUGGUUUGCAUGGCGAUUGAUCGUUACGUGUGUAUGUUACACCCUCAUCGUUAUCAUAGACAUUCUACAAGAAAGUAUUACAUGCGGCAGGGUUGUGUGGCUGUGAUGUCAACUACUUGGAUAGCAAGCGUGGCAACUUUUGGUGUCUUGGUUCUCCCCAAGGGCGGCUAUUAUUUCAACGCAACCGGCCUACUAGCCUGUGAUCCUUUCUUCUCUAGAGCCUCCCUUAGGAUUCUUGCAUGCUGUUGCUUUUACUUCCCAACGACGAUGCUACUGAUGUACUGCUACGGUUCAGCCUUUCACGUGAACAAACUGCGCUUGAAGAGGGUGGUUUGCGUCAACACGACGGAAGUCGUCGGCGGUAGUCACAUUGAAAGAUACGUGGCCCACGAGAGACGCUUGUCGACCUCUGCUUCACGAACAAUGGCAGCGAUGAGUUUGGGUUUCAUCGUGAUGGUCACACCAUGGACUAUUCAGGAAGUUGUGGUAGCCUGUACCGGAAGUAAGCCUCCACCGUUCCUCGAGUUCCUGGCAACGUGGCUUGCUCUCUCGAACAGCUUCUGGAAUCCCUUCCUCUACUGGUUGCUCAACAAUCACUUUCGACGGAUUUCGAAAGAGAUUUUCUACACGAAGAUUUUAUGUCGUCCAAAACCUCUCGGCCCGAAGCAACAUUGUUGCGCCACCAGUACAGUCGGAUUGGAUGUCUGCAGCAUUGCUGGAUUAGAUUUAUCAGGUCUUGACCGAUGUUCCAUUGAGCAUUGUUCCAUGGCGAAAUGUUCCACAUCGUCAUUGGCUCUGACUCCGCCUCCAAUACCAUGGGAAGCCAGGCACAUGGUUGGUGGAGACAUAAUGGUUUCGUGAGGAAGAGAUGCUGCCACGCAAACCGAAGAUUCAGAUUCCCCGGAGCACAGCAGUUAGUAUUGCGUGGUGGCAAAAAGAACAAUUUAUACUCAGUAUGCACAUGGAACCGUGCGGUACAUUUUUUCGCUGCUAUUGGAAUUUACGAAUCGACCAGAAGAGCGACGUCAACGUCUGGAGCAUAUCUGGUUCAAAAAUUGGCCUGAUCGUCUUCAAGAUGUGAAUUCUGUAUAAAUGAUGCUUAAGAAUUUGGACCUAAGGGAACAAUUUACAUCUGCAGUGGCUCACAAUACAUGAGAAAUCAUGAAAUAUUGAAAAUUUAGACGAAUUCGAAUACUCGAUGACGUCAAAUUCGAGGCAAUAAUGAAGAUAAUGACUAAAGAGUAACAUCUCUCUAAUCAGCUUAAAAGUUUCGUUAUAAUUUAGGCAUCUGGUAGUUUUUUACUGUUUUAGCCAUGUAGAGCGUGUUCUUUUUAAUCAAAUCGUUUAUUUACUGGUGCUGAUGCAAAUUUAAAUUUUGCUAGAAAUGACUGCUACGCAUGAAGGAAAUACUUUUAAAAGAAGUUUCCAAAAUUGUGUUUACGCAGAUUGGCCCUUCCCACUGCAUUUUAGAGCAAAAUGUCAAAUAGAAAAAUCAAACUAAACAAUAUUCUAAGAAAAUUAGAAAAAAAAACUUUAAUUUGCAAUAGGUUCCGAGUAUGAUCGUUCAGAGUAACCGGAUUUUUUUAAAGUGGCUGAAAAAUUAAGUUUAGAAGUUUGCAUCUGUGCUUUGGAACUUAUUAAUUUUAGGAAAAUAAUUUCUUUCACAAUUGUUUUAGUGAUAACCAUCACAAUAUUUUGUGGAAAUUUUAUAAAACCUCCCGCGAGACGAACUCUGGUUGACAGCUAAUGAAAGGAAGACUGUAAAUCAAUUAAUAAAUAAAAUGUAAUAAGUUUAUUACAACAAAUAAAAAAAGUGGCUAAUUUAUUUAUUUUCUUAAU